AUGAGUUAUGCUUAGCACUACCGUAUAAGUUGGCCUAGGGAUAUCUUGGAAGUUUGUUAUAAUAUUGGUUUACACGUGUUGCAACUGACUACAUAGCUACGAAUAAAAAUGUCUGGACGGGCCAGAGGACGAUCCAGAGGUCGGUCUCGAGGAAGCGGAACUCCUCAGGAAGAGCCUUCCAGAAGACCAGGGGAAGAACAAAAAAGAGCACCACCACCAUCAGCAGCUGCUCCUGCUCCUACACCUGCUGGGGCUACUAGUGUAGCUGGCAGUGGUAGAGCAAGUUACCGUGGUGGAGGGACUGCACCUAGACCAGGGGCAGGGGAUGCCCCAAGGGCCCCAGUAGAAGAGAUGGCCCAGCUUAGAGUUGGAACGGGAGAUGCAAAGCAAAUUGGAAGGAGGAGGGCAGACUUUAGAUAUACAGAUGUCAAUACCCGGCCAGCUCACAUUACAGACAAAAGGGGAAGUUCUGGGACACCAUUACCUUUGGCGACAAACUUUUUCACAUUUGACUGUGAUGAAGAUUGGUCCCUUUACCAGUAUCAUGUGGACUUCAACCCAAUGAUAGACAGUCGUAAGAUGAGAGCAGGACUGUUGUUCACACAUGCUGAUCUUCUUGGACCAACCAGAGUUUUUGAUGGCAUGAUCUUAUAUUUACCACAUAAGCUUCCACAAGAGGUGACCGAGGUUUACAGUCAGACCAAGCGGGACAAUGAAAAUAUUCGCAUUACAAUCAAGUUGACCAACACCUUCCAUAGCACCAGUCCCCAAUGCUUGCACUUGUACAAUGUUAUAUUCAAAAGGAUCCUAAACCUGAUAGAUAUGCAGCAAAUUGGUAGGAACUACUACAACAUGGGUCUUGCCGUGGACAUUACUCAACACAAACUUCGGGUGGUGCCUGGAUUCAUUACCUCCAUACUACAAUAUGAACAUAAGGCCAUGCUUUGUGCUGAUAUAUCUCACAAAAUCAUGAGGAUUGAUACCGUCCUUGAUAUGAUGUAUGACCUGUACAAUGCUGGGGACAGAGGUGGCGAGUCCUUUUACGAAAAAUGUACAAGAAAGUUUGUUGGGAGCAUAGUGCUGACAAGAUACAACAAUAAAACAUACAGAGUUGAUGACAUAGAGUGGGAUGUUCAUCCAACAAGCACCUUUAAGAGACGUGAAGGAGAAAUUAGUUUCAAAGAGUAUUAUAUGAAGGCCUAUGACAAAGAGAUCAAGGAUGAUCUUCAGCCAAUGUUAGUGAGCAGAGCCAAGCCAAAGGAGGUGAAAAUGGGGCGUCCAGAAACACUGCUUCUGGUUCCAGAGUUGUGUAUACUGACUGGCCUGUCAGACGACGUAAAGAAUGACUUUUCGGUCAUGAGAGACGUUGCUUCUCACACCAGGAUUGCUCCAGAGGGCAGAUGCAAUACCUUGUCUGGCUUCAUGAAUCAGAUAAAUACCACACCAAAGGUUGUGGAAGAGCUGAGAGGAUGGAGACUUCGGUUCUCACAGAGCCUUCUGCAGAUAGGGGGACGUGUCUUACCAAAGGAAGCCAUCUACCUGUCAAAUGCCCAGUGCACUUACAAGCAAGAGGAUGCUGAUUGGAGCAGAGAUCUUCGUGGCAAGCAACUGCUUACAAGUGUGCCUCUGGAUAACUGGGUCAUUUGUUAUACCAGGCGUGAUACAGGAAACGCCUCAGAUCUGGUGAACACACUUAGUAAGGUGGGACCACCAAUGGGCAUGAGGAUCAACCGCCCACAGCAAUGCGAGUUGAAUGAUGAUCGCUCUUCUACUUUCCUGGACAAUUUAAAGAGAUAUGUAACAAAAGAAACUCAGCUAGUUCUGUGCAUCCUGCCCACCAACAGAAAGGAUCGGUAUGAUGCAAUCAAAAAGGCUUGCUGUGUUGACCAUCCAGUGCCUAGCCAGUGUGUGGUUGCCCGUACUCUGGCUAAGAAACAGAUGUUGAUGUCUGUGGCAACAAAGAUUGCCAUUCAGCUUAACUGUAAACUUGGUGGAGAGGUUUGGCGUCUUGAUAUCCCACUGAAGAAUUUGAUGGUUAUCGGUAUUGACACCUACCAUGACUCGGCUAGCAAAGGCAGAUCUGUUGGAGGUGUGGUAUGUAGCAUUAACAGAACCAUCACAAGGUUCUACUCCAGAUGUACCUUCCAGCACACUGCGCAGGAGCUCAACGAUGGACUCAAGAUCUGUGUUAGAGAUGCACUGAAAAAGUACCAUGAAGAAAACGGCAUGUUGCCGGAGAAAAUAGUCAUCUUCCGAGAUGGUGUUGGGGAUGGACAGCUCCCAGCCGUUCACGAGCAUGAGGUACCACAAGUCGUAGGUACAAUCAAGGAAUGUGCUGGGGAUGACUACAAUGUCAAGAUUGCAGUUGUGGUAGUAAAAAAGAGGAUCAAUAGCAGAUUCUUUGCAAAGGCUGGAAGAACAUAUACUAACCCUGUUCCAGGGACUGUCAUUGACACAGAGGUCACCAAACCAGAAUGGUUUGACUUCUUCCUGGUGUCACAAUCAGUGCGACAAGGAACAGUAACUCCAACACAUUUUAAUGUCAUUUUUGACACCACUGGAUUGAAGCCAGAUCAUAUGCAGAGGUUGACAUAUAAAAUGACUCAUCUCUACUACAACUGGCCGGGAACCAUCAGAGUGCCUGCACCAUGCCAAUAUGCGCACAAGCUUGCCUUCCUGGUAGGACAAUCAAUCCACAAGGAGCCGUCCUUUGACCUUGCUGAUCGUCUCUACUUCCUAUAAAAACCUACAAUUAGUGUUACAAGAAAUUUUUGGAAAGGAUGUUUCAAGUCAAAACAGAAACAGAACGACAACAUCCCUUUCAAUAACACUUGAUACAUUUUAUUAAUCAUCACAUGUGUUCUUUGUGAAGUAUGAUCUGUUUUAUUGCAAAUAAGGAUCAAGUCUCCUAUACUAGUCCAAGUGAAAGUGACACAGUUAAUCAGCCAUUGUAGUCCUUUGAUACAUCUUAGAGUGUUAAUUCCAUUUUAACCAAAAUACAUGACUGGAAUAUUUUGAUAAUUGAUAUUAAUGAUACUUGUGUUUAAAGGACUUCAAAAAACACGACUUGGGACACAGGUUUUUGAUAUUAAUAUAGGAUGUGAAUUUGUCGGUCGUGUAAACUUCUCUUGAAGAACAACUACGCAAACCUGUCAUAAUUCAAAAGAUCUCUCUUUUUUUUUUUUUUUUUAUGAUAACAAAGGUGGGAACAGGGUUAUAAUCAUGGGAUUUAAAUUUGGCAUAAACUAAUGCUCAAUGUUAAUGAUUUCAAGAAUGGCAGAUGAGAUAAAUCAUCAUAUUGUUAAGAAUGAACGUCAAUGUGUUGAUAUUUUGUUUAUGAAUGUGUUGAGUGACAAGCAAUUUGUUUCCAUUAAUGCAACAUUCCGCCCUUUAGGUAGGUGGUAUGAACAUUUCACCAAGGAUAUGAUUCCUCAUGUUGCAAGAUGGCAUUCAAUUUAAGAGAUAAAAUUGCCAUCUACAGUUGAAAACAUCUAGGUGAAAUCUGUACCAUUAUAUUAUAUUUAUCCCAGAAUCAGAUACUCACUUCCAACCAAAAUAUUCAAUAUGCAUACAUUUUUUUACAUGAAGCAUUUAUUACCAACCCAGGUAUGAGGAGGGUUGAUUUAUACCAGUCUUCUCAAUAAAAUGGUAGCAAAAUUGUGCAAUAUUACAAGGGUUGUAAUUGUUAAUCUUUGAAGUGUAAUACAUGACAACUGAUAUUUAGCAAUUAUGCAAACAACAUGUUUGAAGUUUUAUUAAGGCUUGAUGACCUAUAGCUAUCUUGCUUCCGCCAGGUGCCAUCAGCCGUCCGCCAUGCGUAAACUUUUGACAUUUCAAACUUCUUCUUUUCAAGUCCCUUCAGUGGGAUUGAGCUCAAACUUGGCUGAAGUAAGAUUUCCUUCAAAGUAGAAAAAAUAACCCUUCUCCCUGCUGAAAGUUUUUUGUAGUCAGAUGACCAGUAAGGCCCUUGGACAUCUUGUUAAUAGAAGAGACAAAGUGUAAAUAUUUAUUUUUGAAAGAUUUGUGGUAUGUAUUGAUUGUGUAUACUUGAGAAAGUGUGCCUUCAGAUUUCACUUGUAUCAUCAUUUAUCAUUUCAUGCGAAAAGUUACCCAAAUUAUUAGAGAUUAACCAUUGAGUGACAUAAUUACACAUAGAGACCUGGACAUGGUAUAUCAAGCAUUUUCUUAAAAAUGGAAGAGGACAAAAAUAUAGUGUGAUAGUGAGAGUGUAGAAGUCAGUGUGUCAGCAUUUCAUACUUGAUUCAAUUUCUUUUUUUUUCUUUUACUUUUUUUUUUAGAUAACAUUAUUUAAUUUUUUUCAGGUUUUUAUAAGGUCAUUACAAGCGGCAAAUUUUUAUGACACUAAUACAAUAAUGAUUCACACAAAAUAGUUUUCUCCCUCUAAAUUCAGUCAUAUCAAUUUUUGAACAGAUGUACAGAACAGACAUGAAUAGUAUUCAUGAAAUCAUCACUUUUCUACAGUAUUUUUUUAUUUCUUAGUUAUGGAUUAACUUGUAUUAAUCAAAAUAUAGACAUAACACUUUUUUAUCAAUGAGUCAAUAAAGAUUAGAUGUUUUAUA